AUGUCAAAGUUCCCCGUGUCGAUCGGCAAUACCAGCACUCUGGUGACAAAUCAGGGACCAUGGAUCUCUUGGAUCCUCGUCCUGAACCUGCCUCUCGGGCACGAUCGUGGCGGCGUGAUUCGCCGAUCGCCUCCGAUCUGUGAGCCCGCAGCUCCGGGAGACCAGACUCGCUUCCCCGUCCUGCGUUCUGGCCGUGGGUCACUCUGUAUGACAUCCGCUUCUACCAUGAUCGGCCCUGAUCGUUCAUCGCUCCCCCCUCCUGGGUCCGGAGCAGAAGGAGAGAUCCGAGCACUUGCUGUUUGA